UUCUGUAUGAGAGGAGAGAGCUGCUGUACGAGCUAGCGGCUCGACAGGCUGCAGGAUGUCCGAAGAUGAGGAAAAGGUGAAGCUACGCAGGCUUGAACCAGCCAUCCAGAAAUUCACCAAGAUCGUGAUCCCAACAGACCUGGAGAGGCUGAGGAAGCACCAGAUAAACAUCGAGAAGUAUCAACGGUGCAGAAUCUGGGACAAGUUGCAUGAAGAGCACAUCAAUGCCGGGCGUACUGUUCAGCAACUGCGCUCCAAUAUCCGAGAAAUGGAGAAGCUUUGCUUAAAAGUGCACAAAGAUGAUCUGAUCCUUUUGAAGCGAAUGAUAGAUCCUAUGAAGGAAGCAGCAGCAGCCGCCACAGCCGAGUUUCUCCAGCUCCACUUGGAAUCUGUGGAAGAACUCAAGAAACAAGUCAAGAAUGAAGAAGCUUUACUACAGCCUUCUCUGACCAGAUCCACAACCGUUGAUGGAGUGCUCCACACUGGAGAGGCUGAAGCUGCUUCUCAGAGUCUGACUCAGAUAUAUGCCUUGCCUGAAAUUCCUCGAGACCAAAAUGCUGCUGAGUCCUGGGAAACCUUAGAAGCGGACUUAAUUGAGCUUAGCCAUCUGGUCACCGAUAUGUCCCUCCUAGUAAAUUCUCAGCAGGAGAAGAUUGACAGCAUUGCAGACCAUGUCAACAGUGCUGCUGUGAAUGUUGAAGAGGGAACCAGAAACUUGCAGAAGGUUGCAAAAUACAAGCUGGCAGCCCUGCCUGUGGCAGGUGCAGUCAUCGGAGGAGUGGUGGGGGGUCCCAUCGGCCUCCUCGCAGGCUUCAAAGUGGCAGGAAUUGCAGCUGCACUUGGUGGUGGGGUGUUAGGCUUCACAGGUGGAAAAUUGAUACAAAGAAGGAAACAGAAAAUGAUGGAGAAGCUCACUUCCAGCUGUCCAGAUCUCCCUAGCCAAAGUGACAAAAAAUGCAGUUAAAGCCCAGCUUCCAGCUGGAGCUGUGCACCCGACCUAAGGAGCAGCUUGCUGGUGUUGGAACAGUGUUAAGAAGUGGCUCCCCGUCCAUGCAGCCUUGAGCCACCAUAAGUGGAUGUGGACGUGUUUGUUUGCUGGGUGUUAAUGGAGAUUUUAGAGGUGGAGGAGCCUGGGCAGAGGGUCCGUCAGGUCAAGUUUAAAGACUGCCAAAGAGCAAAGGUUCAGCCUAGCAAUGUGAAAACUGGAUCUGUAACUCUAAGGAUCUAAGAUGUGUAGGAAUAUAUUGGAUGCCUGAGGGUCAGUGUGUUUGUAGAUUGUUUCUUCCUAUAGGGAGGAACAGAGUGUGAGUCAGGAGUCUUUCUGUCAGGUAGGGAUGUGCUCAGCAGGGGGCACAGGUGAACUUCUUGUAGACUUGAAGACUGUUGUACUUGGAUCCAUCUAAAUUUUCUGGGGAAGGAAAUUAAUACUCUAAAAUAGAAAGAGAAGCCCAUUUCCUCGUUAUAGUGUCUUCACUGUGGCACGGGUGUUUUCCUGGUCUUUCCUGUCUCCAGGUGAGGAGUACAGAACCUCCCCACAUCCUAGGCCUGCUGACCACCCGUCAAGCCCAUUUCCUGCUGCCAAGUCUGAGAACUAUCCGCUUCUAGGGUGAAUUCUACGUCUGUCAUAGGAUUUUCUCAUAAUCUGCCUUCUUAAUAUAGUUCUCCAUCUCUAGCCACCCUACCUGUAAUCUCUUUGGUUGAAAAAGAUUUAAAUAUUUCCAAAAUUAUUUGGGCUAAGGGGAGUACAAGAUCACACCCCAGGGCACUUUAGAAGUGGGUUUAGAAGGGGUUGGCAUACUUGCUUCAAGGAAUCGAGUUCCCUGAGUCUUCUUGGAGGUCCAAGAAGGAGCGUUCUACCUCACAUCUCUCACUGCUGCCUUUCCCAGGUCAUCUCCCCUCCUGCCGCUGUUUGCCCAAUGUUCACACUCAACUUCUCUCACAUUCUAGACGACCAAGUCCACGAUUCAGACUCAAGGAAAGAUCCGUGGUGCUAACCCAAUAGUUGACAUGGACAGCAGCCAUGGUCUAGUCCAAUUCCAUGUUUGUCUCAAAACAGAAAGGUUUGAGAUAUAGAGAAAAGGAAUAGGAAAAAGCCACUGGUCCCUUCAGUUAUCUCUUCUUGAGGAAAGUGUACCACCAGCCAGAGCACAGGUUCAAGGGCCGAAGGGUUUACUGCUUAGCUUCUUUUAAGAGAUGAGUUGAUGUUUGACCUCUGUCGGUUGCUAUCUUUCCCUCUGUGUCACAACAGCCUUCCCUUUAAUGCUUGUGAGUCUUACCAGUGCAUCCCUAUGAAACAAAGCACUACAUCUCAGUAAAAGAUUGGGAAGUAUCAAGUACUUCUUCUCUGCUGACUUAAGACUUUAAUAAUAAACAAACAAACAAAAACUUUGAAUAAUUGUCGGAUCCUGAAAUAUUGCCAAACACACUGGGCAUUAAGUAUUUAAAGUAAUCACUUUUAACGUCAUUCUUUGUUCUCUAGUUCUUGCUGCUCUUUUAAACCCGAGCAUGUCAAACCCAAGCAGGGGACAGACAGAACUCAUACAGAUUCUACUUUAAACAAGAUUAUUUUUGUUUCGUUUCGUUUUUUUCAAGAACGUUUCUCUGUAUAACCCUGGCCUGGCUGUCCUGGAACUUGCUCUGUAGACCAUGCUAGCCUUGAACUCAGAGAUCCGCCUGCCUCUGCCUCCUGAGUGCUGGAAUUAAAGGUGUGUCACCACACCCAAGGUCUUGAACUUUGGCCCUCGGGUAAUUCUGAUACAGUCAAUUCAGCCUGCUUAGCUGGAAUUGUAAGAAUAAACAGUGUUGUUCAGUUCUUUAAUCUCCCAUGUUCUACUUCAUCUUCCCCAGCUUAAUACUCAGUUUCAUUGAUCCCCAAAGUGCCAUCAGUCAGUGUGUCCACAGCACAUGGAAGUCAAGGGGGCAGGUGAAGCUUGUGUGUGAACUCACACCCUCUGCACUUAGCAUCUUUGCUGAGCUAGUGUGGACUGUUGAUGUGUUCACAACCCAUCAGUGUUCAACUUCUGACUCUAGCCAUCCUAAUGCUUGAGGAACUACAGUCCUCUAAAAUUUCGUUAUACUUUAAAGUUAUUUAGAAAUUGUUUCACAUUUCUCCACAAUAGAAUCCAAUAGCCAACUUUUGUGGAAAUUUCUUAGAAGUGUUUAAUCAACUAUAAAUGAUAUAAAGUACUAAAAAGUAUAAAUUAGUCAAUAUGACACAGAAGUGAUCUUAAAAGUGAAUUUAAUAUGACCCAUACUGUCUAGUUAAAUUUAUCAUCUCUGUGAUUUAUGUCUUAUUUUUAUUUCAGCUAGUUACAAAGAAUCAUUUUAAUAUCUUAAAAUUUGUAGACUUCAUUUCAGUAAUGGCAGUUCUCCUAAAGACAUUUUUGAUGUUAUAAUCUGAUAAUUUCUCUGAAAACUUGGUGUAACCCACAGUAAAAAAAAAAUGUAUUAGAAUUGAAUAUAUGUACAUUGAAAAUGUUUACCAUUAUGUGCAAUACAUUCUGAUGUUUUGGUUUUUCAGCAUGCUAAUUCCAACCCGCUCUGCCUGUCUCGGUCUACAAAUAGAUUACCACCCUCAGUUUUCAGAAAACACCCUUCCCUGAGGAAGAACUGUGUCUCCCCCGCAGCGUGCCAGGCACUCACCAGGCCUGUGUGGACAGAGUAACGGGGCCUCCGAGGAACUCAGUCUCCGGUUCCAAAGGCAGAAGGCCUGGAGGGGGCGGCUGCUGAGCCCCACUCUGCCAUGCUCUGCUGCCUCAGAGCUCAGAGACUGCAAGGCGCUGUGAACAACCCAGGCCCUGAUUUUCUUCUUUGCCUUCUGGUGCCUCACCAGGUGUCCACAGCCUGCUCUUAAUUGUGACCAUGCAUACAACACAAAGCUCAAGUAUAAAAUGAGCACCACUAUCCCACCCCACCCUCUACACAUUGGUUCAUAUAGGCUAUGAUCACUGUUCAAAAUGUUUUAUAUAAUUAAAAGUAAACACGACUUUUAAAAACAAAUCUCUCAGAGCUUUUAAAAUCAAUUAAUCAUUACGCUUUAAAUGAUGCCCCCUGGGAAGCCGUGCACAAACGGUAGGGGGUGGGUAAUAAGCUAUUUCUGAACAUCUGCUUUUGGAUUGCCACCAAAACAAUUGCAUGUUAAAUAAGAAAAGCCACGUCCAUUGUGUUGGCCAGACUGUUUUCCCAAACCUUGUGACUCUGCUCUUUUCCCAUCUCAAUUUUGUGUCUUCCAUUGGCGUUAACUCUCCUACCUCACACAGAAGCUAGGGACCUAGCAUGCCUAGAGGGCGAACAUGCUGAAGAAUGGCCAGACUUUUGCAGCGUGGACGGGGUUUCCUGAAACUCCUACCUGGCUACAGAUGGCCGGCCUGCCUGCCUGCCUGCCUUCCGUGCUCAUGUUUUCUGCAGAGUGAGGACUGGAAACUGGUAACACCUACUGUUGACAAGAAGUUUGGAAACCCAACCACAAAUAUCUAGCACAUAGUAUUUCCUUCCAGUAAAAGGCCAGAAGCCAAACCUUUUAAGUUGUUAGAAAGCAAAGGCAUUUCUCAGGAAUGCCUUAGAAGCCCUUCACUGGUAGCAUGGACUCUGGAUAGAGGAGUGCAAGCCUGGAGCAAGGUGCCCCUUGGGCAAGCAAUACUUUAUCAUCACAGAGAGGAAUUCAGAUGUUGCUCUCAGGUGCUUACAGAGGUCUGAUGACAUCCCCAAAGUCUCCAGAGGCUUGACCAGUGCUUCUCCUCUGGCCCCGAGUUUUAACACACAUUCAGAUUCUGUUUGUGUGUGUGUGUGGUUUUGUUGCUUCUGUUUUCUGCAAUUGGGUUUUACUGGAAGCCCAGGCUCGUUUUGAACUUGCAAUCCUCCUGCUGGGAUUACAUACAUCCAGCUCUGUUUUAUAACUGCUAUUAACACGGGUUCCUAACAAGUGGUUCUGUUUGUACUCAUCAGUUUGGCACCAUUUCACAGAAGAACUUGUGUGUUAUAAAUAAUAAUAAAAGAGUUACAUAUCUACAUUGCUAUCUUCAAAGAAACUAACUUGUGACAAAAAUACAUCUGUGCAAUAUUAACCCAACAAAUAUAUUGGAAUAAAAACAUAAAAAGUGUCAAA